AUGAUGCGAGGUGCGAGUCAACAGCCAGUCAUCGUGCUUAGCCAAGCAACGAAAAGAGAGAGUGGUCAUCAGGUCCAAAUAGGAAACAUUAUGGCUUGUAAGACCAUUGCCGAUGUAAUUCGUACAAGUCUUGGUCCACGUGCAAUGCUGAAAAUGCUGAUGGAUCCGAUGGGAGGCAUUAUCAUGACAAACGACGGUAAUGCCAUUCUGAGAGAGAUAACUGUCAAGCAUCCUGCUGCUAAAAGUAUGAUCGAAAUUGCAAGGACACAGGAUGAAGAAACAGGCGAUGGGACCACAUCGGUGAUUGUGCUUGCUGGAGAAGUGAUGGCACAAGCUGAGCCAUUCCUAGAGCAGAAAGCUUAUCGAGCUGCCUUGGAAGACAUAAUCAAUCUUGCCGAGGAAAAGUUUAGUAAGUCAGUGGACGUCAACAGUGACAAAGAGAUUAUAAGCGUUAUAAAGUCAUGCCUGGGAACAAAGAUGUUGAGCAAGUGGAUGGAUCUUGCUGUGAAGAUAUCACUGGAUGCUGUCAAAACUAUUAAAGUAGAUAGGGGUAAUACAAGUGAAAUAGAUAUCAAAAGGUACUGUCGCAUUGAAAAGAUCCCUGGUGGUACAAUUGAGGACACCAAAGUAAUAAGUGGUGUCGUUCUUAACAAGGACGUCACUCAUGCCAAAAUGCGACGGCGUAUCGAAAGUCCUCGUAUUGUUUUGCUCGAUUGUAAUUUGGAGUACAAAAAAGGCGAAUCGCAGACAUCACUAGAGAUCAUGAAUGAGGCGGAUAUCAGCAAAAUCCUUGAACAAGAGGAGGAGUCGAUUCGGAAGCAGUGUGAUGAUAUUAUCAAAGUGAAGCCUGAUUUGGUGUUUACGGAGAAAGGGAUUUCUGAUUUAGCCCAACACUUCUUACUUAAAGCAGGUAUUACCGCAAUUCGGCGUUUGAAGAAGACGGAUAAUAACAGACUGGCGAGAGUGUGUGGUGCUCGAAUCGUAAACGAUACUACCGAUCUGCGUGAACAAGAUGUUGGUACCCAAGCGGAUCUUUUUGAGGUCACGAAGAUUGCUGAUGAGUACUACACCUACGUUACGUCUAAAAAAGCCACUGCCUGCACUAUUGUCAUACGAGGUCCUUCAAAAGACGUUAUUAACGAGGUUGAGCGGAAUCUACAAGAUGCAGUGCACGUUGCACGAAAUAUAAUGUUGAACCCUCGCCUUGUUCCUGGUGGAGGAGCCCUUGAGAUGGCUCUUGCACAGGCUAUCACAGAAAAAGGAAGGUCUAUGGAGGGGAUUCGUCAGUGGCCAUACAAAGCUAUUUCUAGGGCUCUCGAGAUAAGUCUUUACUGUUUCUGUUUAGGUGUUAUUCCACGCACCCUCAUCCAAAAUUGUGGUGGUAACACAAUUCGUCAAUUGACGGCACUUCGUGCGAAACAUGCACAAAGUCCUGAUAACUGGACGUGGGGAAUCAAUGGAGCGACAGGCGAAUUGGUCGACAUGUGUCGCUUGGACAUCUGGGAUCCAUUAAGUGUUCGUACGCAAGUGCUGAAGACUGCAAUAGAAACAUCGGUAGCGUUUUGCACUGUUCAAUAUAUUUAUCUACGUCUCAUGAAACAGCCGCACUGA